GCAACACGUUUGAGCUCGACUCCGCAUGUUAAUACAAAAUCAAAUCAUUUUAUAUCGAUGCACCUGCAGAACAAAGGCACAUUAAGCUGGAAAGACUGACUGAAUUCUGUCGUCCGAUUAUAAAACAUGACUGUUGUUGAUUUAUAGACUCGAUUUGUCGUCUGUUUCCACGACCCUGAAACCUUCUUUUUCUUUUUUUUUGGUGGGCGAUUGACAGUUCUACAGGACAUAUAUGCAUAAAUGGCAUGAAUUGUAGGAAUUUGUCAAUACGUCUGCAGCACACUACCUUGUCUGCUAAAAGGGUACUUCAGUAACAGUUUGUGGUGUAGUUUCUUUCUAAGUGAAGGUUUUAUAGACCGUUCUAUCCAUUUAAUCAUCGUGGGAUUGCGUGCGUUGAUCAUUAUUUGCCAUGUAUCAUCUACAUCAUUACGAUCAUUCGCGGUAAGUAAUCGCCGGUGGCUAUAUAUCUCCUACAGCUGCCGAGUUGUGAAAUAUGGUGAUCAGCAUAAUGGAGGUGAGCUGCAUUUCCGAAGACAGUGCUGUCACGUGGCACACGUCUCUCGCGUGCUACCUGUGCGGAGAGCUGUUUCGAAAGCCCAGGAUCCUACCGUGUGGACACACGUUCUGUGCCGACUGCCUCACCAAACUCAGAGAGGAAAUCGUCAGAGAGGCCAAGCUGGCGGGGAAGUAUGACCCCAGACACGCCGAGAUAGGACACUUCCUCUGCCCCACCCCGGACUGCCAUUACUCUAUCAGACUGACGAACUUGGUCCGAUUCACCACUAAGAACAGAACAGUUUCGGAAGCUGUCGGAGCCUACAGGAAACUCACUGGGUCCAAACAGGACCAAGGCUGCCAGACUGACAUUACUCUCGAGUCCAUCUUGAUUGCAGUGCCCAAGAGUCUGCUGGUUCGUGACGGGAACAGACGAGGGCAGCAGUCGUUUAUGAACACCGUCAUCCAGAGAGCCAUCAGCAUGGACAGUCUGAGCAGGAACUACAUUCCCAACAGACACUUCAACUGGCGCUCGUGUGUGGCCAUGUUAGGAGUUAGCGUACUCCAGCAGUUGAUUCAUAUAUGACAAUAACAAAUACUUACCCUUGCUUGUUAAGUAUACAUGUAAAAUGUGUUAUGAAUUUAUCACACAAAGGCUUUGAACAAUGUUUUCUAUCACACCAAAACUCAAUGCAGGCAUUUUAG